UUGUACGUAUGUUUUGCAUUGUAUAGAAAAAUCUCGUCAUGUCAACACCUAAUCAUAAUAGGUAGACCUAUAAAAAUAAAACUUAAGAAUGAUCAAUUAUUAAUUUUGCAGAUACAGAAAAUAUUCUAUUGAUUUCUUCUAUAAUUACAUAAUAGAUAGACUCUUGUUAGUUUUCUUCAAUUGUAUUGCAAAUAAAGGACUGUCAAACAUGGUGUUUAAUUAGAAAACCAACAAUAGAGAAUUAGAAAUUGCGGCUCUGAUUAAUUGCCUGGAGAUUAUUAAUACUUAAAAUUUAAAACAUUAACCAUGAGUCAAUCCUCCAUGCAAUUAUAUCAUUGCUUAGUGCUGCUAGAAUUUAGCACUAUAGAAUCACCUGCAAGUUUUUAAUUUUAUAUUCUUUUUUUUAAAUUAUUAUUAUUAUUAUUAUUGUUUCUCUAUUAGUCCACUAAGUGAGGUGCCCCUUACUUCACGAUGUCAAAAACAAAAGAAUGAUCCACAUGUUUUUAAUUACCAAUUAUAUUAUGUUUAAUGCUUCCAUGAUGGCUAUACCAUCAUAAUUGCUCCCAACUCCUAUCUGGCUAGGUGUAAGCUCACGGUUUUUUUACUUGGCACUUUGUAUUGCUGUUUUAUCCACUAAUCAAAUCUAGAAGUAUUAAUCUCAAAUUUGCAAGCGGUAUGGAUAAAUUAGCUUCAGGACACUCUUACGGCGAGUUGAAGUUUCUGGGUAUUAAAAUAUUCAACUCGUGAAAGAAGAGUAUGUUAAUGAUUUAAGUGUAUUUGACCAGAUAUACACUGGCAAAACAAAGUACCUAAAAUAUAUGUUAAAAAUGUUUUGGGUAGCUUCCGGUUCAUGUACUGCUUCUUAAUCUACACGCAUUUUCUGCAUUUCUUGAAUUUAAAAAAGAAUAGGUUUUUGCAUAAAGUUCAGUUUUUUUUUUUUGCCAAACCAUAUAUAUAUAUAAGGAGAGAGCAAACACGAUUCAUGCCAUCUAUAAUUUCUCAUAUAUAUUAUUGUAUUUAUUUAGUCAACCCACGUGAAAGCUGUAAACUUUGACUUGAAGUUCAGUUGAAAACAGGAAUACGGAGUUCAUGCCAGAGAACUUGAUACCCAUUGACAAAAUGCAGAAAAUAUGAAAGUAAAGGACAGUUUAAAUAUACGUAGAGUAUAAUAGUUGAAUACGAUGUCCAUGUUUAAAGUCAACUGAACAGGGAAAGUAACCUACCCUGGUAAGCACUCGUGUUUAAACUCCCUAGUUUCACAAUUUUAGCUGGUUAUAGCUAUAAUAUUUUAAACCUUUUCCUUUAUCCUAAACUAAGCAGCACCAUUUCUCAAAUCCAACUUAAAAGAAAAGCUAGCUAGAUGUUACCGCAACUUCAUCAUUCUAUGAAUUGAAAUUUUUAAGGCCUAUAAUUUUAGUUAAUGAUUACAGUUUUGAAAGUGAAUACCUUUGCUUGCUUCUCUUCUAUAUAGGAUUAUAGCCCAUAUCAUAUAGAACUCAAGUAACUAAGAAUGACUACAACUCAAAAACUCUCUCUUUUGUUCCAUUUUCUUUUGCUGUUUUCUUUGCUUCCAUUACAAAUUACUUCAUCACCAACAACACAAGCAGAAGCUCUUAUCAAAUGGAAAAGCACUUUAUCUUCCUCGCCUCCUCUUCUCAAUUCAUGGUCCCUCACCAACCUCCAAAAUCUUUGCAACUGGACUGCAAUUUCCUGUGACACAACUGGAACAAUCUCCAAAAUAAACCUCUCCAAUCUAAACAUAACUGGAACACUCAUCCAAUUCAACUUCUCUUCAUUUGCAAACAUCGCCAGUUUUGAUAUCCAGAAUAACAAUAUUGCAGGACUAAUUCCAUCAGCUAUUGGUAGCCUCUCCAAGCUCACUUACUUGGAUUUGAGUGUUAACUUUUUCGCUGGCAACAUACCUAUAGAGAUCGGGCGAUUAACAGAGCUUCGGUAUCUCACUCUUUUUAACAACAAUCUCAAUGGUACAAUUCCUUAUCAGCUCAGCAAUCUUCAAAAGGUAUGGUACAUAGACCUUGGAGCAAACUUCUUGGAAACCCCUGAUUGGUCUAAAUUUUCAAGUAUGCCUUCAUUGAUGCACCUUAGUCUUUUUCUUAAUGAACUUACUUUAGGAUUCCCUGAUUUCAUAUCCAAUUGCUGGAACUUGACCUUUUUGGAUUUGUCACUCAAUCAAUUGACUGGCGACAUACCAGAAUGGGUGUAUCCCAAUCUGGGUAAGAUUGAAUACUUCAAUCUCACAAAUAAUUUGUUCCAUGGACCAUUAUCAUCAAACAUUUCCAGGCUUUCCAAUCUCAAACAUCUUCAUCUAGCAACUAAUGAGUUUAGUGGUCAGAUCCCUGAAAGUAUUGGCUUGUUGUCUGGUCUUCAAAUUAUUGAGUUGUACAACAAUUCAUUUUUUGGCAGCAUUCCAUCUACUUUAGGCCAACUCAGGAAUUUAGAACAACUUGAUCUCCGAAUGAACGCCUUAAAUUCAACAAUUCCUGCUGAGCUCGGGCUUUGCACUAACCUCACUUACUUGGCGUUGGCCUUGAAUCAACUGAGUGGGGAAUUGCCCCUAUCCUUGUCCAAUCUGAGCAAAAUGGUCAAUCUGGGUCUAUCUGAUAACUUUUUCACAGGUGAGAUCUCACCUUAUCUUUUCACCAACUGGACUGAGUUGACCUCCUUGCAACUUCAAAAUAACUACUUGUCUGGAAAUAUACCCUCGGAAAUUGGAAAAUUGACAAAUCUCAAUCUUCUUUUCCUGUACAAUAACACACUCUCUGGUUUGAUUCCCCGUGAGAUAGGAAAUUUGAAUCUUUUGGAAAGUCUAGACCUUUCAGGAAACCAACUUUCAGGACCAAUUCCUCUAACAUUAUGGAAUCUUACAAAUCUGCUUACUUUGAAUCUUUUCUCUAACAAUAUAAGUGGAAUAAUUCCACCUGAUGUUGGAAAUAUGACAUCUCUGGUAACUCUAGAUCUCAGCAAUAACGAGAUGCAUGGGGUGUUGCCAGUAACCAUUUCACGUCUUAGUUCUCUAGAGUCGAUCAAUCUGUUCACCAAUAAUUUCUUUGGUAGCAUCCCAAGUGAUCUUGGCAAGUAUAGUUCUUUGAAAUAUGCUAGCUUUUCAGACAACAGCUUCUCUGGAGAGCUGCCACCUGAACUUUGCAGUGGGUUGGCUCUUGAACAACUCACAGUUAAUGGAAACAAUUUUACUGGGGCAUUGCCAACCUGCUUGAGGAGUUGCUUAGGAUUGACUAGAGUUCGAUUUGAUGGGAACAAAUUCAAUGGAAAUAUCACUGAUGCUUUUGGAGUUCAUCCAGCACUUGUUUUCAUUUCUCUUAGCGACAAUCAGUUUAUUGGUGAAAUCUCACCUGCUUGGGGAGAAUGUGGAAACCUCACCAAUUUACAGAUGGACAGAAACAGAAUUUCUGGUGAAAUCCCGGCUGAGCUUGGGAAAUUGACCCAGUUGGGUGUUCUAACUCUGGACUCAAAUGACUUGAGAGGGAUGAUUCCCAAUGAACUGGGAAAUCUGAGCAUGUUAUUCAUGCUCAACUUCAGCAAAAACCAUUUGACAGGAGUUGUCCCUCAGAGUUUGGGCAAUUUGUCAAAGCUCGAAUCCCUUGAUUUGUCAGAUAACAAGCUGUCUGGAAAUAUACCAGAAGAGCUUGGGAAAUGUGGGAAGCUGUCAAGCUUGGAUUUGAGUCAAAAUAAUCUAUCAGGUGAAAUGCCUUUAGAGCUUGGCAACUUGAACUCCUUGCAGUACGUGUUGGAUCUCAGUAGCAAUUCGCUGUCAGGAACAAUACCUGCUAAUCUGGGAAAGCUUACAUUAUUGGAAAAUCUCAAUGUCUCGCACAAUAGUCUUUCAGGAAAUAUUCCAACAGCAUUGUCUGGCAUGAUUAGUCUGCGUUCUUUUGAUUUCUCCUACAAUGAGUUGACAGGACCCGUCCCAAAUGGUGGUAUGUUCCAAAAUGCAUCUGCAAAAGCUUUUGUUGGAAACUCAGACUUGUGUGGAUACAUAGAAGGCUUGUCUCCAUGUAAUCCGACAACAUCAAAUGGAAAAUCUUCCAAGUAUAACAAAAAGGUUCUUAUUGGUGUCAUGGUUCCAAUAAGUGUCUUAUUAGCAAUAGUCGUAAUUGUUGUCACGGUCUUAAUAUCUCGUCGGAAGACCCAACUCCAUGAUGAAGAGAACAAAGAUGUACAUAAAUACGAGAAUUCUGAGUCAAUGAUAUGGGAAAGAGAAGGAAAAUUCACAUUUGGAGAUAUUGUUAAGGCUACUGAUGACUUCAAUGAGAAAUACUGCAUUGGAAAAGGAGGAUUCGGAAGUGUUUACAAAGCUGAAUUGUCAACAGGUCAAGUUGUUGCAGUCAAGAAACUAAAUACAUCAGACACGAAUGAUAUUCCAGCAACAAAUUGGCAGAGUUUUGAGAAUGAGAUCCGAAUGUUGACAGAAGUUAGGCAUCGGAACAUCAUCAAGCUUUAUGGUUAUUGUUCUAGGAGAGGCUUCUUGCACUUGGUUUACGAGUAUGUUGAGAGAGGAAGUUUAGGGAAAGCAUUGUAUGGAGUGGAAGGAGAACUGGAGCUUGGUUGGGCUACAAGGGUGAAGAUUGUACAAGGAGUGGCUCAUGCAAUUGCAUACUUGCAUCAUGAUUGCUCUCCACCAAUUGUUCAUCGAGACAUAUCACUGAAUAAUAUCUUGCUGGAGUCAGAUUUCGAACCACGAGUCUCAGAUUUUGGCAUAGCAAGAAUGUUGAAUACAGAUUCAUCAAACUGGACUGCAGUUGCUGGUUCAUAUGGCUACAUGGCCCCAGAGCUAGCGCUUACAAUGCGAGUAACCGACAAGUGCGAUGUUUAUAGCUUUGGAGUGGUAGCACUAGAAGUCAUGAUGGGAAGGCAUCCAGGGGAUCUCUUAUCUUCACUGGCAUUACCGCAAACAUCAACAUCAAAUGAUUCGGAGAUGUUCCUGAAAGAAAUGCUAGACCAAAGGCUUCCAUGUCCUACAGGCCAAUUAGCAGAGAAGGUGGCUUUUGUAGUUAGAGUUGCCUUAGCAUGCACAAAUACAAAUCCAGAGGAAAGACCUGCUAUGCGUUUUGUGGCACAAGAACUAUCAGCAGCACAAGCUCAAGCUCACCUGACAGAGCCAUUGGAUAAGAUAACUCUUAGCAAAUUAAUAGUCUUUAAAACAUAGAACUGGAAGGGAAUGGUGGGUGAGUUUUUGACUUGUUUGAAAGUAUCGUUCUUGCCUGCCAUUUUUGAGGUGCACAUUUCCUCCAUGUAACACGAAUUUCAAUCGUCCCUCAAGUAGGAUGAAGAUAUUUGUGGCAUUGCUUCAUCCUUUUCUGUAAUCAUUAGUUGAAAUGUGAAAAGUCUGCAUAUAGCAUUGUAAUUGUUCAAUUUCAA